UUGAAAUACAGUCAACUUCAAUUUCCCUCUCAUUUCUCUGGCUCUGCAAUGGCCGCCAUGGCUCUAAAACUGGUGGUAACCAAUGGCCCUCGAGAAGGCGAAACCCUAGAAUACAAACCCGGCGCCACCGUCCGAAUCGGCAGGAUUGUCCGCGGCAACAACUUGCCGAUCAAGGAUUCCGGCAUUUCUUCCAAGCACCUCACCAUCGGAUCCGAAUCGGGCAAGUGGAUCCUCCGCGAUCUCGACUCCUCCAACGGCACUUUCCUCAACGACAAGCAGAUCGAUCCGAACGCCGCCGUCGACCUCCGUGACGGCGAUGUCGUCAAAAUCGGCGAGCAGACUUCGAUUUCCGUCAAGAUCGACGAGUUCGAAGGAAGCCAGUUGUGGCGGAACCCUAGGCGCGGAGUGGAGAAGAGCGCGGUGGACUCGGUUGCCGCAAGUCGGGGCGGGAGAGGUAGGGUUUUGAAGGAGAGCGAAGAGAAUUGUGGCUUGGCGGUGGACAAUUCCGCGGAGGUGGUCGGAAAUCGGAGGCGUGGUCGCCCGAGGAAAGUUGGGGUUUUGAACAUCAACGUUGAGGAGGAGGAGGAGCUGUGCGAGGUCCAGAAAAAUGGCGAGGUUUUCGGUUCCGGGGAUGAGAAAUUGGAAGAGAAACAAGCAAGACAAGCGAGCACAAGGCGAACUCGAAGCUCGAAGAUGUCGAAGGAUGAUGAAAUUGUUGCGUCUGGUUCUGUUCUCCAGAAUAUUCCGGAAAAUGAUUUAGCAGGUAGAGAAGUGGGGGUUGGGGCUGGUUGCGGCACGGUGGAAGAGAGACCGGUAAGGCAAGUGAGCACUAGGCGAAAGCAGAACUCGAAGAGCUCAAAGAAUGAUGAAAGUGUUGUUUCUGAUUCGUUCCUUGUGGUAAUUCCGGAGAUUUAUGAUCUAGAAGGUGGAGAAGUAGAGGUUGUUGCCAAAAAGAAGCGCAUGAAUACGCGGAGGGGGAGGAAUUUGCCACCGAAGAAGCCACCACAAUCUGUUCUGAUUGAUAUCUCGGAGAAUUCAGAAGACAAAAUUCGGGUUGAUGCCGCGAAUUAUGAAAGAGUAAAUGUGUCGAAUUUGGGGGAGCAGGAUGGAAUCGAAACCGUCAGUUAUGAGGAAGGAAAUGAAGAUGCUUGCAGAAAUGUGGGUAGUUCUGAUGAGGCAAAGGAAGGUAUAGGUUCUGGUUCUGGUUCUAAAGAGAAUUCAUUUGAGGUUGGAAAGGGGGUGGAUUUGGAGAAGAUGACACUCGGGGAGUGGUUUGAUUUCUUGGAGGUUACUUUGCCGAAACAGAUAAUUGAAGCAACUGAGGAGAUGAUCAUGGGGAUGAGAUUGAAAGCCAAAAGAGUUCAUGAGUACACAAUACAGCAGAAGAGCGAGAUGGCCAAAGUACUUGUGGGCUAGAGGGAGAAUCGCCGAAAGAAUUAUAUGAGCACAGUCCGCAGGAGCCAUCUGGAUUCUGCCGUACAUUGUGAAAAUCACCUAAAAAAUGUCUCAAAGCAACGCUUUGCUGUAUUAGCUUCUCCUAAGGGGGCUUCUGUAUUGAUACCCUUAUAUUGAUGACAGUCUGGAGUUUUUGUUGAAUGCAACUUGCGCAAGGUUCUGCAACAGAUUGCGUUCAGGUAGACUAUGAACACGCUAUUGUUGCUGAUGGCACUCUUUUUCGUGCUACUAGAGCACGGGUUGAUUAUGUAUGCUGUUGUAAAUUGAGGCUACAAAGUCAAUGGAGGGUUAUCAGAUUA